AUUCAAGACACAAUUACAGAUUACUUAUUCUAAUACUAAAUACUAAAAACGAGUCUCAAAACUCUAUCCACACCGACAAUUAAAUUCGGCACCAAUUGCUAGAGAUUUAGACACAAAGUCGCCUUAAGGUCUAUCCAUCAGUCCCCGGCAAAGCCAGUCACCGGCACGCUCCUUACAGUGACUCAACUGUCAUCUACCAUCUGCUACCAAGAGAAAGGGGGGAGAGCCAUUGAAUUGAGUUCGAAAAAGAAAACAUGUGGAAGCUAAAGGUUGCAGAAGGCAAAGGGCCAUGGUUGAAUAGCACCAACAACUUUGUUGGUAGACAAAUUUGGGAGUUCGAUCCCGAUGCUGGGACACCAGAGGAGAGAGAAGAGGUUGAAAAAGCUCAAGAUGACUACCGGAAAAAUAGAUCUCGGGUUCGUCCCUCCGGCGAUGUUCUCAUGCGAAUCCAGCUUAAAAAGGAAAACAGCCACAUCGAUCUGAGCAUACCACCGGUGAGACUGGGGGAGAAGGAACAAGUGGACUACGAAGCUGUUACAACUGCUCUCAGAAAAGCUGUUCGAUUGGAUUGUGCGACUCAAUCAAAAGAUGGUCACUGGCCAGCUGAAAAUGCUGGCCCGCUUUUCUUCACACCUCCCCUGCUCAUUUGCCUUUACAUAAGCGGAGUAAUCAACACUGUCUUAACAGCAGAGCACAAGAAGGAGUUGAUUCGGUACAUUUACAAUCACCAGAAUGAUGAUGGGGGAUGGGGAUUCUACGUAGGAGGUCAUAGUACCAUGAUUGGCUCGACACUUAGCUACGUUGCGUUGCGUUUGUUAGGAAAAGGGCCUUAUGACGGAGAAAACAGGGAAGUGGAAAGGGCUCGAAAAUGGAUACUUGAUCAUGGUGGCGCAGCUGCGGUACCUUCAUGGGGCAAACUCUAUCUUUCGAUUCUUGGAGUGUACGAAUGGUCAGGAUGCAACCCAGUGCCCCCUGAGUUUUGGCUUUUCCCUUCGUUUUUACCCUUCCAUCCAGCAAAAAUGUGGUGUUAUACUCGGACAACUUACAUGGCAAUGUCGUAUUUAUAUGGGAGAAAGUCCGUGGGGCCGAUCACGGAACUUGUCAAAUCGUUGAGACAAGAAAUGUACACACAGCCAUACGAGGAGAUAGACUGGAAUAAAACACGCCAUAGUUGUUGUAAGGAGGAUAUCUAUUACCCUCACACAUUCAUCCAAGAUCUGCUUUGGGAUGGUCUUCAUUAUGUGAGCGAGCCGAUCAUAAACAAGUGGCCAUUUUCAAAGAUUAGAGAGAAAGCUCUUCGAAAAGUAGUCAAGCACCUGCGAUAUGGAGCAGAAGGUUCCGGAUACAUUACUCUAGGAGCAAUAGAAAAGAGUUUAGAAAUGAUGUGUUGGUGGGCAGAGGACCCUAAUGGUGAUGAGUUCAAGUAUCACCUUGCCAGAGUUCCUGAUUUCUUGUGGCUUGCAGAAGAUGGAAUGAAAAUGCAGACUUUUGGUAGUCAGUUAUGGGAUUGUAGUCUUUUGACUCAGGCCAUUAUAGCAAGUAAUCUAACUGAUGAAUAUGGAGAUGCUCUUAAAAGGGCGCAUUUUUACAUAAAAGAAUCACAGAUCAAAGAAAACCUUCCUGGGGAUUUCAAGAAAAUGUACCGUCACUUUACUAAAGGGGCAUGGACUUUCUCUGAUCAAGAUCAAGGUUGGGCUGUCUCAGACUGCACAGCUGAAGCACUGAAGAGUCUAUUACUACUGUCGCAAAUGCCACCGGAUGUUGCGGGAGAAAAAGUGGAUGUUGAACGACUGUACGAGGCGGUGGACAUCCUCUUGUACUUCUAUAGCUCUGAAAGUGGUGGUUUUGCUAUUUGGGAACCAGCAGUUCCACAGCCAUAUUUAGAAGCGUUGAAUCCUUCCGAACUUUUUGCAGACAUUGUGGUAGAGCGAGAGCACCUCGAGAACACUGCAGCCAUAAUUGAAGCUUUACUAUCGUUCAAACGCUUAUACCCUGGGUAUCGAGGGAAGGAAAUAGAUACUUCUGUGGAAGGAGCAGUGCGUUUCGUUGAAAAGAGACAGCAGCCUAACGGUUCUUGGUAUGGCUAUUGGGGAAUUUGCUACAUCUAUGGUACAUAUUUCGCACUAGGAGGGUUGACUGCUGCUGGGAGUACAUACAAAAAUAGUCAAUCAGUUCGUAGAGGUGUUCAGUUUUUGCUUUCCAUACAAAAUGAGGAAGGUGGCUGGGGAGAGAGCCAUGAAUCAUGCCCAUCUAUGAAAUACAUACCGCUGGAAGGAAAUCGAACGCAUUUUGUACAAACAUCAUGGGCUAUGUUGGGACUUAUUCAUGCUGGACAGGCUGAGAGAGAUCCUACCCCAUUGCAUAGAGCAGCCAAAUUGCUAAUUAAUGCACAGAUGGAAGACGGUAAUUUUCCGCAACAGGAAAUAACUGGAGUUUACAUGAGGAAUUGCAUGCUACAUUAUACCCAGCACAGAAAUAUGUACCCUACAUGGGCACUGGGAGAGUAUCGCAAACAUGUUCUUCUCCCAAAAACCUAAUCUCGACGGUAUAGUAUCCGCGUGAUUUAUUCUACAGUACUUCCGCAAUGUGUGUGUACGUAUAUGUUCGAAACAAAAUAGAACACCAGUUGUAAUAAUUAAAAUAUAUUACAACCCGAUCGACAAGGACCGGGUCGAAUACCGUGCAAUAAGAUCCGACGAGUAUGGAUGUAUUUAAUUACAUGUACUCUAUCUUCGUCGUUGUGUUUUUCAAGUAGAUUUUAACAGAGCAAAGCAGUAAGUUAAUAAAGCAUGUUUCUUGUUGGAUAUUUUAAUAUUAAAUUUCUGUACAUUUCUAGUGCUAGCUAGAUUUUUA